AUGUUCGCGGAUGACGCCUCGCGGGGGGACGGCGGGAGGGCGUCCGCGCAGCGAUCCAAGCCGGAUGGCAGGCGUGGCCAUACCCGGCCAUGCCCCGGGGCAGGGACGGCGCUGGACAUUCCCCUCGAGCUGCUGCCGCACAUCUUUGAGCUCCUGCCCUUCGCGGAUCAGCGGCGUGCCGCGCUGGUGUGUCGCCGGUGGUGGGCGUGCCUGAGCCACGGGACGUCCGGAGCGCUCUGGGAGGACGUCGGUAUCGAUUUUCCGUCGGAGGUGGGAUGCAGGCGGCUGAACGUGCACGGCGUGGUGGCCUGGCUGCGCGGGAAGCCAAUCAGAUGCCUGCGCCUGAAGAACAGCUACAAGGUGAGGGCACGAGACGUCGCGCCCACUUCCAUGCCUGUGGCCGUUGGCACCCUCCACAGCACUCUGGAGGAAUUGCACGUGCUCCACUGCAGCAACAUCCUCGGCGUCAGGAGUCUGCAGGCCUUGGGUGACGUCCUCGUCAAGCUCAAAGUCCUGGUGGUCACUGGCAUAAGGGCAUCUCUGCGACUGGGCCUUUCUGAUUUCGGGCCUUUGUCGCACCUCCCCCUGCUGGAGCACUUGGAGUUGAGUGUUGCAGACCGGACGGACAACUGGGGUUUCAUGACCUUGCCAGACAGCUGGCAGAUGCUGGCCAGCACACUGAAGCAUCUGAAGCUCAAGAGCCACGACGGCUUGACCCAGGAAGGCGCGCAAGUGGUGACGACCCUCACCAGGCUGGAAGUUCUGUGCAUGGAGGACUGCGGCCUUUCGGGGCUACCGACAGGGUUUGGCGCCCUCUCUGGGUUGAGGUGCCUGACACUGAACGCCAGCAGCAUCACAAAGGACAAGUUGCAGGCGAUUACGCAGUUGUCACAUCUCCGGGAGCUGCAUCUACGGGGCUGUUCUGUGCUGCGGCAGGUGCCCACCGGCAUCGAUCACCUGACCUCGCUGAUGGUGCUGACGCUAGGGGGCAGCAUCAGCCAGUUUGGGCUGUAUUGGGGCGACCUCGCCAGCCUGACACUGCUCCGAGUGCUUGAUCUGGACGCCUGUGGCAUUGGUGCUGUCCCAAAGGCAGUGUGCGCGCUGCAGUCGCUGCAGCUGCUGUCCCUGGGUCGCAAUCGACUGGAGGCAGCUUCUCUGGACAACUUGGCACCCCUCUCCAACCUGCAGUUCCUGUGCCUGCGAGACUGCAGCUUGACAGAGAUACCAGGUGUGUUGAUGCACUUAAAGCUAGUGAAGAUGGUGGACCUCUCAAACAACUCGCAAUUGAGGAUUCCCACUCCUGUCACUUGGCUGGCAUCUCUCCACCACCUAUUGCGGAUCGAUCUGCGGAAGUCCGCAGAUGCACCUGAAGACACAGCGUGGGAUUCACUGUCCAUCAGCCAUUUGAUUGGCUUGGUGGCGAUGCUGGUCACCAUGCGGGGCAGCACCACGAGAAGCAUCGUGCAAAUAAUCUGA